AAAAAAAUUGUUCUUCUUUAAACCAGAAGAACGCAUAUGCCAACUAAUUUUCGACGAAGUCUCAAUCAGAAAAGAUCUGACGUACAACAAAGUACGAGAUGUGAUUGAUGGCUUCGUCGAUAAUGGAGAAGGUCACCGGGAAAGCGUGAUCGGCAAUAAGUGCUGCUUCUUUAUGUUGAAAGGCAUAGUCGCAAAAUGGAAAUAUGUGAUUUCCUAUUAUGUGGCAAAAGAUGGCGUCAAAAGUGAGAAUUUGUUGAAUAUGCUCAAGAGCAAUAUAAAUGCCUCAGAAGAAAUCGGACUUAAAAUCAAGUCAAUAGUGUGCGACCAAGGUGCACAAAAUGUCAAAUUGAGGCAACUGGUAGGCGCUACACCAGAAAAGCCAUAUUUCUUUCAUAAUGAAAGAAAAAUAUAUAUGAUGUUUGACUAUUGCCAUUUAAUAAAAUGCAUGCGCAAUAUGUACUUAAAGUAUGACGUUGAAACGCAAGAUGGGCUGACAAGUUUUAAAGUUGUGCGUAAAAUAUAUGCCAUAGACCAGGCGAACGUUAAUUUUAAAAUGUGCCCUAAAUUAACCUAUUCGCAUGUGUACCCCGGAAAUUUAAAAAAAAUGUCAGUGUCAAGAGCGACACAAGUAUUUAGCAAUUCCGUCGCCGCGGCAAUUGAUAUGGCUAUAAAGAAAAAUUUGUUUGGCUCCGAUGAGCACGUAAAAAAAUGCGCCAAAGCAACCCAACUGCUGGUGAAAAGAAUGAAUGAUCUUUUCGACGAAUUGGAUUGCAAGACGCUUUGCAAUCCAAAUGAGCGAAGACGACCAAUAAAAAGAGGUUGUAAUGAAAAAUUAAUAGAUUAAAAGAUCACAUUCAGUACAUAAGGAAUAUGAAAAAGCCCAAAAGCCAAAUAAUAUGCCUCGAUUCGUUUAUAUUAACAAUAAAUGCAAUGAUUGCAUUGAGCGGCGAUAUAUUCGAAGAAUAUUCGAAUGUAUCCUUUAUACUCUUAGGGAGAAUGAACCAGGACGCACUGGAAAACUUUUUUUAUAGGAUACGGGCAAAUUUAGGAUGUAAUAAUCAUCCAUCAGCACACGAGAUGCAAUAUAUUGUUGCAAGGUUAGUAUCCAUGCAUAUAUUGCGACGCAACUUCUCGCAAACAGGCAGCAAUUGCGAAGAAGACGACGAUGAAAACCUUGAUUGGAAUAUUGGCCAGGAAGACGACCUUAAAGAAAAUUUAAAACCGUCUGAGCAACUUGCCGUGGAACAAAUAUAUGUUCCAGAUGAGCACUUUGCUCAGACCGAAAAACCAGCAGAAAUACAGGUUCGUCGCUAUUAUACUGGAUAUGCACUAUACCAGAAGGUUUUCUGCAGAUUAAAAUGCGAAAAAUGUGCAUAUUUAAUGAGGAAGAGUGAUACCUCUCUACAAGCCUCAUCGGAAGCCCUUAUAAGGUCUAAAAAUUAUAAAAGCGCGGAUGACCUAAGGCUGGUUAAUCCCAAUGAUAGAGUCUUCGAGAUAAGCCGCCUUCAAAUGAGCCUCUAUAAAGAUUUGUUUAAGGAAAAUUCUUGCAGAGUGGGUAUAAAAUCGAUGAUUUUAGCCCAGAUUACUACAAUUACCGAACAAAAAUACCCAAAGUGGUACAGGGAGGCUGGAGAUUGCCUCGAGCAUAGGCACCAAUUUUUAGAUUUUUUAAUAACAGUUUUACUGUUUAAAAACGCGAAAUGGCUGGCACAGCAGCAGGAAGAGUCUUACAAAAAUGAAGUUAGGGCGAGAUAUUACAAUAAAAGAGAGAAACUAAAGAAACUGGUAACAUAAGUUGAUUGUAGGCCAUAUUUAAUUUUUCUAGCAACUUCCGUGUUAUAAAAGAUUCUUCAAAAACUAAUAAUGUUCUUUUUAUUUUUUUCAGGGUAGAAUUAAGUUGUAAAUAGUUUGUAGUAGUAGUAGUAGUUUUAGUAUUAGUUAUUGUUAGUUAGUUUUAGUAUUUAUUAAUUUAGUAACUAGUAUGAACACGUGAGCCAAGCUUUGAAAAAAGCUGGUGAAAAAGACCUAAUCUUUAUUGAUUAGGUUGUGUGAGAAUUUGUGGUUGUGGGUAGACAAAUUCUGAAAAUCGUGUUUAAUUAAAAUUA